AUGGCCAUGGCCUCAUCUUUCGCAGCAACAGGAGAAGCAGGUGGCUUGGGAAUGGCCUCUGCGGCCAUGACUAGAGAAGCUGCCUGCCCCAGACGAGCCUCCAUGGACAAGACAAGACACGACAAGACUUUAAAAUAUGGCUUCAGGGGACAUGACUUGACUCUGGUCAGGGGCUGGAGCCUGCAUUGGUCUCUUGGUCAGGGGCUGGAGCGAACUUUGGAGCUGAACUCAUACUCAGACUAUCAUACACACAUGCACAGUGAUAUGUGUGGUGUUACAAGGGCAGAAAACAACGUGCCUACUAGUGAUUGCAUAGCCAGAAGAAACAGCAUGUCCUUCCAGCACAGGUGGCAAGUUUCAUUGGGGAUCUUGCUUGUGGUAGCAGGCCUGGUGCUCUUUAUGACUAUGUAUAUGUACGUUGUUCUCAUUAGCAUCCCUAUAGUGUGUUUGGGCCUCUUUAUUCUCAUCCGUGCCUUCUGCGUGGUCUUUAAAUCCAGUCAUGUAGCUUUGCCGGGUCACUUCCUUCUACACCCGCGAACGGGCACCCGUUACACCCACCAUCAAGCCAUUGCGGUGCAAAGGAGGCUGGAUCGCAUCCGGAGGGCUACAGCAGAGGAGCACAGUCCAGUCCAAGUGCCUCCCACCUCAGACAUCAGUCCACAGAGUCAACCUGCAACCCCUCCACCCUGGCAAAUGGAGCCACCACCGUCCUAUGAGACUGUUAUGAAGACCACUACAGCUGUAAACCAAGUAUAACAACUGGUUUGACUGUAAACACCGACACGUUAUGAUUGAAAAGUUGGUUUAAUUGGGGGUGCACAGAUAUGAAAAAUCUGUCAGUCACAGUUAAGCCAGUAAUUAUUUUCGUUUUAUGGCUGAUAACUGAUAAAUGGCCUUAUUAAACUCUAUUCUACAUAAAUAAAUACUUUAAAUGCUACAACUGAAUGUAGGCGUCAAAACAGCGAUGGGGUUAAAGAUGGAUAUUUUUUAUUUUUUUGCAGUAUGAAAGGUGAAUAUUUAUCCAUAACUUUCAUUUUUAGAACAACAAAAAAAGUUGGUUUGAAUGAAAAAACAAAGUAACACUUUUAUGCAUGAAUGCACACAGCUCUGCAUGCACUCUACAAGAGAUGAUGCACUUAAAGGGUUAUAUCUUUUUAUAUCUCUAUCCCUUAAGUUAUUGUAUAGAUACAGACUGCAAAAGUAAUCCGAAAUAAAAAGGGAAACAAGUUCACAUACGUAAUAUUUAAUGAUAAAUGGGGAAAAAGACAGAAACCGAUAUAUUGUGCAGCUCUAUUUCUCUAUCUAUGUCUAAUCUGUUCAAAAAACUGCUAAAGUGCCUUAAAGGCACAAUAUGUAAGUUUUCGCUGCUAGAGGUCGCAUGUUCAGAACAAUAACAAAGGCGAAGCUUGAUGACGGAACGAUGGGAGACCUCGUUUUCACUAUAAAGGGAUGUAUGUAAUUCACGAAUCAUGUUCACGGAUGAGGUAACGAAUUUCCUGUACCUUCCACAGUUAUUCAAACAGUGAAUAAAUUACACAGAGAAAGCGAGCAAAGAACAUUUACAUUGUCAGAGAACAUUAUGACUGAUUUCAGUUUAGCGCGAGAUUAAGCACUUUCAAAAAACUCCCCUUGUAAUCAGUAAAGUUGUCAUUGUUUGAUGAAUGAAUCGUUUAGUUACUUCGUACGUACAUCUGCACUUGUUUAAGAUGAGAGAAUUCGUGAGUUGAAUCCAGUCAGCCUGUCAGCGCGCGCGCACACGCUACAACGAAACUGCACCGAUUCAGCGACGACUCAUCUGAACGCCUCUGAUUGGCCAUUGGAUUCAUAAGCUCAACAGACUCGUGUGUGAUUGGGUAUAGUGCGCAGCACUGUAAAACGCAGAAAAAGAGUCACGAUGCAACACUGAGCAGAUACCAAUUUAAUGCUGCAGUCAAGAAUUUUCAUUUCAGCCGUAGUGCAUUUACUUUAACUGUGCAGCGGUAUUUUAUCCACGCUUGUAGACUUUACAAACGAACACAGCAUAUAUUACGUCAUUGAUAGGCGACCAUGACCAUGGAGGAACAGGGACGAGAUAAUUUUUAAAACUGGAAUUUCUCUAGAUUUACAAACUUUUGGAAUAACGUACGUACACAACUACAUGAAAUAUAUAACACUGUGCAAGUGGUUUUGGGAUUUUUUUUUAUUUUUUAUUACAAAUAUCUUACAUAUUGUGCCUUUAAGUGACAAGAAACUUCGUAAUUUUGUAAUAAUAAGGACUUCUCAGUCCAAACUCCAACUGAACUCAACCUCCAGUUUCCUAUCUUGUUAUAGUGGUGUACUGAUAUAUGAAAAUUUUGGCUGAUGUGUUAAUAUUUUUUUAGUUUUGAAGCCGAUAACUGAAGUCCAGAUCUCUGCAUGCUACAAAUGACACCAAGUGUCAUAAACAGUGGAACUGCUUUUAAAAUGGGAAGAAAACAAUCUUUCUUAUUUCUUAAUACAAGUACAACUAUUUGUAGGCUAAUUCUAUGAAGUAUCACUGAUAACUGAUAAAAUUACUUGCAUCACUAUAAUUUUGUUUCUCACUUUUUUACUUUUCUCACCCAAACUUAAAGCUUAUAUAUCUUCAUAAGGUCUGAGAGACCCCAAGGCCAUUUCAAGAGUUCAAAAACUAGCAUUGAAUGUUGAUGGUUUUCAAAGUUUUAUGCUUAAAUUUUUUUUAUUUUUUUUUUAUUGUAUUAAUCUACAGUGUUUUACUGGUUUCAAAAACAGAAGCAGUGUUACUAAAAUAGAUACCAGCCACAGUGAUGAAAUAUGCAUUCCUACACUGUGGUAAAAAAAAAAAAGACUGAAAAGGAGAAGUGUCAAUAUCUGUCUAAAGGGUUUUUCUUAAGUCAGACAAAGGGAAUGCACAUAUUAUUUUGAAGGGAAAAUAAAAGAUUAAUUUAAAAACACUCUUAUUAUUUAAUAUUACACAUACACUACCAUUCCAGUUUUGGGUCUGUAAGAUUUCAAAAAUGGUAAAAACAGUCAUAGUAUUUAAUAAUAUUACAAAUUAUAACUGUUUUCUGUUUAAAACAAUAAUUAAUUCCUGCAAUGCUAAAGCUGAAUUUUUAGCAGCCAUUAUUCCAGCCUUCAGGGUCACACGAUCCUUCAGAAAUCGUUCUAAUAGGCUGAUCUGGUGCUCAAGAAACAUUUGGUAUUAUUAUCACUGUUGAAAACAGUCAAGCUGUGUGAAUUUUUGUGAAAACCAUCAAUAAAAUACAUGUAAAUGUCUUUACUGCUUUUAUAAAUUUAAAGUUCCUGCUGAAUAAAUGACUUUUUAAAAAAAUAAAAUAAAAUAAUAAUAUUAAUAAAUCACUCACCCAAAAAUUGCAUGGUAGUGUUUAUUACUGCGUUUGGUGGGACUCCAAACAUGAAGUCAAUCUGAAAAAAACAUGAAGGUUAAAAUGCUAGGUUAUGAUUGUAAAUGCCACUGAGUACCUCUUUAUUAAUAAGCCGUACCAAAUAUUGAACUGUGCCUUGAUUUCUACUCACUCACUUUUUCCCCUAGUGACCAGAACAUGUUUUGGGGAAAACUUUAGACAUUUCCUAAUGUAUAUUCUUUUAUUUGUCUAUUUUAAUGGUAGGCCUACAUUAUAUUGUAAGAAAUGGGAUUGAAAAAAAUGUGCCUCUCUCCAGAUUGCCACUUUCAUUGCCCCUUUAACAGGCCUACCAGAAACUAUGUCUGUUUCGUGUGUGUGUGUUUUUUAUUAAGUCUAUAUCACACAAUGCUGCAAAAGUGUGUGUUCAGUGAUGUUUUGUCAACUACGCAUUGUUUUGUCAGUAUAUUUCUAUCACCUGUGCAUGUAAAUACCAAUAAACCGUAUGAUACAAAAACUGUAUGGUUGAUUUGUAU